CCUGGCAUAUGUUGGAAGGGGAUGGUGUUUUAACUCCAGUUCUCAAUUUUCUUAAUGUACGACAGAAAUCAAGUAGCUUUUUAUAUUUUCUUUCUGCGUGUCUUUCAGCUGUGCUGGAGUGUGUAGAUAUGAAGGAAAAGGUGGGAUGUGUUCCAUUCGUCUAAGUGAGCCGCUCCUAAAGCUAAGACCGAGGAAGGAUCUCGUUGAGACACUGUUGCAUGAAAUGAUCCAUGCCCUGCUUUUUGUUACUAAUAAUGACAAAGAUCGUGAAUCUCAUGGACCAGAGUUCUGCAAACACAUGCGUCGCAUUAAUCGCUUGACUGGAGCCAAUGUCACAAUCUAUCAUACUUUUCAUGAUGAGGUAGAUCUGUACCGCCAGCACUGGUGGCGAUGCAAUGGCCCCUGUCGAAAUAGAAAACCUUACUUUGGAUAUGUGAAACGUUCAAUGAAUAGAGCACCCUCUGCACGAGACUUUUGGUGGGUUCAGCAUCAAGAGACGUGUGGUGGUACAUUCACAAAAGUAAAGGAGCCAGAAAACUUCUCUAAAAAAUCCAAGGAGAAAACCCAGCCAGCAAAACUUCCAAAUUCCAAGUUGACUAACAAAGGUAAGACACAAACGCGUGAUACGCAGGAUCUGAUGCCUUUUAGUGGAAAGGGAUAUCGGCUUGGAGGAGGAGACGGUGGACUCUCGGAAAAAAGCACACAUCCCAGCAGCAACGUUGGAAGCAGCGAAACACCUGGUUCACAGCAUCGUUCAACACUAAAGACAAUACCAAUCCCUAAAAAUGAGAUAAAAUUUGAAAAAUCACCCCGUAGCGGCAUCUUCUUUCCACUUUAUACUGAUGAUGCCAGUGAGAAAAUCAACUUGGCUUCAAAACGUGAGUUUCCUAAACUCUCUGUUGCUAAUACAAAAGCUUACAAGCAUGUUAGUGGAUCGCCUGUUAAAAUUGCUCGUGUUAUGGAAGAAAAAUCAAACGAAGGUUCUGCAAAGGGCAAGAGGGUUAUGCCGCCUUGUAACAGGCCACCAAAACAAAUUUGUUUUGAGCAGACAGCAACAGCUCAGGCUGCAUAUGAGAAAAAAAGCUCAGAAUGUACUAAUGUGCUGCAGCAAUGGCCAAAAAUGGAGGACAAAACUGCCUUUGAAAACUAUUUCAUUAAAAAAGGGCGUCCUGAUGUCACUUUAAGUAUAAAUACACCUAUGAAAACCGAAGCUGAAUCGACACUGUCCUCUGCAAGUUCCAGCCCUGCUGUAAGGCAGGACAAAAAAGUCAAUUGUCCUGUUUGCCAGACGGAGGUUUUGGAGUCUAAAAUAAAUGAACACCUUGAUUCUUGUCUUGCAUAAAACCUUUCAGAAAGCUGUCUCAAAAAGAUAAACCCGAUCUGAAAACAUUGCUUGAAAACUACUUUGCUCAGGGUUUGCUUAGCUGUGGUUACUUCCCUGUGUACCUGUUCUGACCUGGAAUGUAAACUGUCAGCCUGAUGAACAACAAGUUUUGUGGCGCUGCAGGUCAGCGCUGACUAGGAUGCUAGCUGCUACUUGGGUUCCAAAGACUCGAAUGCUCAAGUUUCAGUAGGUGGGUGUUUGUGCCAAGGUUCUUGCUGCAGAAUCCAGGUUAUACAAGAGAAGGCAGGUACUUGCCGAACUGCGUAUUUUCAAGGCAGUUUUUAAAAUCAAGACGUUUUUAAUCUUGCUAAUUUGUCUUUGUUCUUAAGACCCCUUUGUGUUGGCUUUUUUUUUUUUUUGGCCAUUCUUAACCACCUAUAAUGGAUAAAGAUUCUUCUGUUCCCUGCAACAUAAUUAAGUGGCGUUUAUUUUUAGAAUAGUAAAUAUUUUGAAUGAGCCACAAUUACAAUCUCAGGUGGUCCUUCUCACCUGUGACCUCCUUUGAAAAGAUGAAUGAGUGUGAGAAUCUCAAAUAUGGGCUUUUGUGAAAGAUGGGAGAGGCAUAGGUGUCAAGAACAUGGCAAAGGAUCCAUUUGGACUUAAUGGGUGGAUUGUAGCAGGAAAAGAAAAAUUCUAGAAGGGCGCUGAAGGUGCUAGGAAAUCGAGCACAAGACACUUGGCAGAUGAGGAAAAGGCCCUACACUUAAGGGCUCAGUGAAAAAAAAAAACCACCAAAAAUAAUUUGAGGAGCUUGUUUUCAGAAAAGAUUUGAAAGCUAGCUAAUCUGUUAAUGGUUGGAAUGGUCAAAUAGAAGCUUACAAACUUCAGUCUUACGUUUGUCUUUUGGUCCAGGAUCCCAAGUGGACUCUGCACUCACUUUUUCUGAUGGUUUGCACAAACUCUGUUGAAAGUUCACUAGUUUUUAGGAUGUAGGUAUGAUGUCCAUUAGUUGCUGACCCUCAUACGCCGAUAAAAGUCAAAGUUGUGAGGAAUAUUGGUAGCAAUACUGGUAAAGACUAGAAGCCAGCCAGCCAGCUUGGCGGUUAGUAUUUGACAAGCCAGUCAGUUGAGUACUAAAACCAUUGUGCUGUGAAAAGUUAUGAAGGCUGAGCAGAUGAUUUUUCUGUAUAAACUUUCUGAAAUGUUAACAGCUUUCUUGCUGCACUGGAAGUAUUUAACUGGUUUGAACACUUAACAGCUUGACUCCUUACUUGUAAAACUGAUUAUAAAUAUUUUUGUUUAAAAAAAGAAAUAAUUAUGCUGUUUCUACAACUUUAAAUGGCUGUAAUAGCCUCAGAUGCACAUACGUUUGCCUUUAUAUAAUUAAUUAAUUGCUGCUCCCUUUUGAAAUUAGGGAAAUAAACUGACGUGCAAUGGAAUUUGGCAGAUGAUACUUUUACUCUUUCUAAACAUUGGUGUAUUUUUUUAAAAUGUUUAAUAUGAAUCAGAUUAUUCUUGCAUGUUCUGAAUAAAUUGAUACUGAAUUUUGUAUUUUCAUUAAGCCUGGGUUUCACAUGGCAGUUGUGGCCACCUUGCGUUACUCACCAGUGGGCUCACCUGUAUAUCUAAUAACAGUCUGGUUUAAUAGAUCCUUUCUCUAUUAACACUUUUCUGUUUUAAAUUCCCCUGUAAAAACUGGGUUGGGUAAAUACAGACUGCAUCAACCUCUGCUUUCUCCAUCAUGUACUUAGUUUCACUUUUAUUGCAUUUCUGUGGAAAAUUUUACAAAUAGUGAUUUUAAAUCUUGAUGUGACAUGCUAAUUUUCCAUACUUCCUUCUUAAAACUGCAGUAUCUGUGUUCGCAGUGAAACCUGAUGUAGUACUUGACAGUACUACUCAGAAGAAUUUGCACUACCAUAUGUUUUUUAAGAUGAGGGCUAGAUGCACCUCACAAGUGGUCUCUCGCAUCAUGAAGUGUUUUUUGAGAGGUAUUUCCCUUGCUAUUGUUCCCAUCAGUCUCCUGGUAUGUUUUUCCCACUACAACUGGUAAGAGGAUGCUUCAGGAAGGGAGGAUGGAGAGUACUGUUAAACACAUUUUUGUAUUGAAAUGGGUUUUUUUUCCUAAUGUUUUCUUUUACAUCAACAGUGUUAAUGUGAACAACAAAUAGAAAACAAAGGUGGGAGCUGACCUGUAGCAUUCAGUGGAUGGUAUAGCCUGCUGCGGGGGGAACUUCGGCAAUAGGCAAGUCCCGUCUCAAAUGCACAAGUGUCCUAAAAUAGGUCUGUUUUCCAAACAAUUGUGCAGUUCUGGACCAGCUGUGAGAAAACAUCACCUUUGCCCAUGCAUGUUUUUACAAUGAAGUAUUAGGAUGCCAAGGUCUUUCAUACAGUGAUAAAGGUGACAAAGAGCUGGGCGGAUAGGCUCGGCAAUCGCUACCUCUUGCAGGCUAUUAUUAACAGGUCAUGGCCUUGUUUUUUCGCCUAUGUUACUGUGAAUGCUGUUUCUGUAAGAGUCUGUUCUUGAAUUCAGUGCCCUUCCCACAAUUACAACAACGGCUACCAGUAUGUUUUAAAAAAAUCUGGUAAAUUUGGGUUAAAGGUGAGGAAAUUUCAUCUUCUGUAUCGGUUGACUUUGUCCUGAACAAGUUUAGACACUGUCUAUAACAACAUAAACUAGCAAUGAAUCUUGAACAAACGUGCUUCGCUGAACUACAAAAUAAGUUGCCUGACUGGAAAUCUAAGACGUGAGCUAAUAUAUUGACUUCUGAGACAAAUGGGGUGUGAGAGGCCAACAGAUGGGUUCUGCAAACUAAAGGCAGAAAGCAAUCUCAUUCUGUGGUGAUCUCCUGGAAUUGCUCAGAAGGAUUCGGGUAACAUUUCUAGAGGUUAAACUCCCUAACUGGGGGUUACUUAGCUAUUCGUUAUUAUGACAGAGGCUGCUCUUGAGUUGCCUUGAAACUGGUCAUCGGGCAAGAAAUCUUGAAGGUAAAAUAUUUACAAGUAUGUGUUUUAGGGUAACGUUACCUAGGAAGUUUUCCUAAUACUUUAUGAGUUCUGAUGAAGGAAGUGGGAGCAGUGU